GACACCUUGUAUCCUGCUGCCAUCAGUUCCUUCCUUCAUUUUACAUGAAGCCAUGCUACUAAAAUUUUACACAGCUUUUGUGGCGGCGCUCCUCAUUUUUCCACAUUCCGGAAGGCCUCAAGAUACCGAAAAUGUGGACACAGUAUCCAACGACGACGCGUCUAAAGCGACCGACGCCGCCCAUUCAACAUUUGAUUUGGUGUCUAGAGAUAGCGCUGGCGUAGAGAACGGUGACGCGGGUACAACAUUCAACAUGACCAUCCUGCACACCAACGACAUACACUCGCGGAUCCUGGAAAGUACUAAGCGUGGUGUGCAGUGUAACGAUAGACAACGCAACAAAAGUGAAUGUUAUGGGGGCGUUGCAAGAAUUGCAAAUGAGGUGAGAAAACUGAAGAACUUGACUCAGAACCCAUUAUUCCUCAACGCUGGAGACUUCUUCCAAGGAACGUUAUGGUAUUCUAUACUGAAGUACAACAUUGUCGCUGCAGUCAUGGCAAACAUGUCUUAUGACACUGUGUGCCUUGGAAAUCAUGAAUUUGACGAUGGGCCAGCAGGGCUGGUGCCUUUCUUGGUAAAAAUGAAGGAAGCGAACGUUACAGUGCUCGGAACUAACUUGGAUACGUCGAAAGAACCCCUAUUCGCGCAGGAAAACAUUACGCUUCCGAAAUCUAUAAUAUACAACAUUUCAGGAACGCAAGUGGCACUGCUCGGGGUUGUCACUACGGAGACAAUGACUAUUGCUAAACCAGGUGGGGUGGUCAUACUCUCAGAGGCUGACAGCAUUAAUGCAGAGAUAGCACGGCUCAAAAAUGAAAGUCGUGUCGAUAUAUUCAUCCUGAUUAGUCACGUUGGUUUUGACGUUGAUCAAAUACUUGCGGAAAAGUGUCCCGAUCUAGACCUUAUAGUCGGAGGCCAUACAAACACUUUCCUUUACACUGGAGAUCCUCCAGUGAAAGACAAACCCGAAGGACCAUACCCCUACAUACACAACCGCACUAAUGGUGGGCGCUGCCUGAUCGUCCAAGAUUAUCGCUUUGGAAAAUAUCUCGGUUAUUUAGAGCUAGAAAUUGACCGAACCUCUGGAAAUAUUACCAGAUGGUCCGGAAACCCAAUUUUACUUAACCAGAGUUACACAGAAGACGAGGAAAUGCUUGAAAGCCUCCAGCCAUACAAGAAAAUAGUGGAUGAUGCUGUGAAGGAAGUCGUCGGCUCUACGAAGGUGCUUCUGGAAGCGAAUGAUAAGCUGUGCCGCUACAAAGAAUGCAACGCAGUCAACUUAAUGGCAGAUGCUUUCUUCGAUUACUAUACAAACAGGGAUAGCAUGGUCAAGAACGCUUGGUCCAUUGUGAACGCGGCAGUACUGAAUGGGGGUAUUGCAAGAGAUUCUAUUGAGCAAAAAGGCAACGUUACUCUCGGCGAUGUACUCGGUGCGAUGCCUUAUGACAGUGACCUGGUCGUCAUGAACAUGACCGGUCGUGACUUACUCAACAUGUUUGAAUUUGGUGUCACCAAUUUUACCUGGCUCCCUGACCUGAACGGAAGGUUCUUGCAAGGUUCAGGCAUACGAGUCAUUUACAACUUCAGCAUGCCAAGCGGAUGUCGCAUUAUGUCGCUGAAAGUGCUUUGCGCCAACUGCAGCAUACCGGUAUACAAUGAAGUUAUGGAAAAUGAGACAUACAGUAUUGUGACCACUACUUUCAUUGCAAACGGGGGCGAUGGUUUUAAGUUUGAAAGGACUGUCAAAUGGAAGACUGAAGGAGUGAGCGCUACGGACGCAUUGCUGGCUUACAUAAAAAAAAUAUCGCCCAUAAAAACUCCGGAAGAAGGUCGCGUGAUCACACUGGACCUGCCACCGAAGCCCGAGAAUACAACAACGUCCUCACCCAUUGCACAGCCCUCAACAACUGCGGACAACUCGGCAGUUACAAUGGCCUCAGUGAUGUCUCUAAAUGAGUGGAGGUCUAUGAGAAGAAAUUAUCUUUGGUGAUGUGCACACAGAUUGCGGAACGUACAUCACAUGUUGACAUAAAUAAAUAUUUGGUACCAGUAGC